GCUCCGUCCACUCCCCCUCGGAGUUGCUUCGGCGGCGGCCGCUCUUCGCUGCUGCUGCUCCUGUUUUGUCGUCGACUUCUUCUCGUCCGCCCGUCGCCGGUUGUUAUGGCGGGCGAAAGUAACGGCGGCGGCGGCGGCUGGCUGGCGCUCUUCUGCGGCUGGGCUGCAGCGGCCGCCGUGGUGGGCGCUCUCCGGGACGGCGCGUCGUCCGGCGCGGGGGAUCCGGAGCCCGGGGACCCCUCGGGGCCCUGCCCGCCUUGCCCGAGAGUCCUGGGCUUUCGCUUGGAGGACGGCGCCUCGGCCACGGGGGGCCUGGUGCGGGCCCUGCCGGGGGCCACUUUCCGCCUGCGCCUCUACGGCACCGGGCUGCACAACCGCAGCUGGCCCUGGGCCGCCUUCGUGCCGGAGGAGGCGCCCUGCGAGGGGACCCCGGGGGACCCUUCCUCCCCGCAAGUGCUGGCCCACCACGUCCUGCCUGCCAGCGAGCACGCGGGGCUGGUGACGGUGCGUGUGGCCCCCGGGGGCCCCGGUGGACGGUACCGUCUCUGCAGCCCGGCGGGGCCCGGUCGCCCCUGGGUUCCUGCAGCUCCCGGAGAUGCCAUCCUGGUGACGGAGGACGAAGGCGGAGGGGCCAGGGUGGCGGCGGAAGCGUGGCCCCCGCCGAUGCCCGCCUGGCUGCUGGGCACCCUGGUGGCCCUCCUGCUGGCCCUGCUGGCCCUGCUCCGCGCCUUGCAGCUCAGCACCCUGUGGCUGGACCCGGCCGAGCUCUACGUGCUGCGGGACUGCGGCUCUGAAGCUGAGAGGGGGGCCUCCAAGGCGCUGGAGCCCGUGCGGCACCGGGGCCCUUUCGUCCUGUGUUCGCUGCUGCUCGUGAGCGCCGUGGCUCAAGCUGCCUUGGCCGUGCUUUUCUACCGGGCCGUCGGGGCGUUGGCCCCGGCUAUCCUCGGGGUGGCCGCCUUGUCCUUCCUGCUGGCCGAGGUGCUGCCCUUCGCCGUCAGUUCCCGCUGGGGUCUCUGGCUGGCCCCGCGUGGGCUGUGGCUGACCCAGUUCUUCAUGCUCCUGACGUUCCCUAUCUCGUUGCCACUGAGUCGGGUGCUGGAACUGGCUUUGCGGCACGACAACAGCACCUAUCUCUUGCGGGAGAAGAUCCUGGACAUGGUCCGCAACAGUGACCCUUACAACGAGUUUGUGCGGGAGGAGUUCAGCAAGGGGGCCCUCCGGAACAAGACGGUGGAGGAUGUGCUGACCCCGCUGGACGAGUGUUUCAUGUUGAACGCCGACGCCGUGCUGGACUUCAACAAUAUGUCCAUGAUCAUGCAGAGUGGUUACACCCGCAUCCCGGUGUAUGAGGACGAGCGGACCAACUUGGUGGACAUGCUAUAUGUCAAGGACUUGGCCUUGGUGGACCCCGAUGACUGCACCCCUUUGAGCACCAUCAUCAAGUUCUACAAUCACCCGCUUCACUUUGUCUUCAAUGACACCAAACUGGAUGCUGUGUUGGAGGAAUUCAAGAGAGGGAAAUCCCACAUGGCUAUUGUGCAGAAGGUGAACAACGAAGGGGAAGGGGACCCUUUCUACGAAGUCAUGGGGUUGGUGACCCUGGAAGACGUCAUUGAAGAGAUCAUCAAGUCGGAGAUCAUGGAUGAGUCAGAUGACUACAGGGAGAACCGAUUGAAGAAGAAGCCGCCUCCUCUUGGGACUCUGAUGGACCGCCGGAAAGAAGAUUUCUCCUUGUUCAAAGUUUCCGACAACGAGUACAAGGUGAAAAUCUCCCCGCAGCUACUCCUAGCUACCCAGCGCUUCUUAUCUAGAGAGGUGGAUCUCUUCAGCCCAGGCCGAAUCUCGGAGAAGGUCCUGUUGCAUCUGCUGCAGCAUCCCAGCGUCAACCAAGAAGUGAAGUUUGACGACUGCAAUCGCUUGGCCGCUGAACAUUACUUGUAUCAGCGCAACCAACCGGUCAAUUACUUUGUGCUCAUCCUGCAGGGCAGGGUGGAAGUCGAGAUUGGGAAGGAAGGAUUGAAGUUUGAAAAUGGCGCCUUCACCUAUUAUGGCGUCUCGGCACUUACCGCUCCUUCUUCAGUCCAUCAGUCCCCGGUGUCCACUCUACGGAUGAAUCGUCGUGAACAGCCGGUUGACAGCACAGAGCCCACCAAUUACUCAGCGUAUUGCCCUGACUACACCGUUCGAGCCCUCACCGAUCUGCAGUUCAUCAAGGUCACCCGUCUGCAGUAUCUCAAUGCUCUUAUGGCCUCCAGGAUACAGAACUCGCCCCAAUCUCCCGAAGCUGUGGAUCUCAAAAUCAUCCCCAGCAGUCAGACCAAGCUCCUGAACGACAAAAAUGCGGCAACAGGGAAAAGCCGAAGCAAGUUCAAUCUCCAGGAAGAGAUGAGCCAGAGCACGGGGGUUUGACUUCAAAUCACGCGGCGUUAGGACUGCAGGGCGGGGCAAGCCCAGGAGAACACUCCCUCUUUUAAAAACUUUCAGCACUUCUCCUGGCUACCGCCCUGUUUUCAGACGGACUUCUGCGUUGGGCACCUGCGUUUCCAAAAGACAGGAGGAGCCCGGCCUUCUCGGGGGGGAGAGAGAGGGGGGCCCUGGCUGGACUCAACGCCAGCGGCUUCCGGCGCCCCGGCUGGGCUACUAUGCCUUAAGACAUUUGUAAGCGGUGCUUGACUGCGGAGGGUUGGUGGACCUGGGCGAAAUGUGUUCGUGGCGGAGAGCGGCGGCCAGCAAAUACAGACUCGACUCUUUUGA